GAUGCAACUCCAAGCCAACGUUCAUAGUUAUGAAGGUGACGCGCAUGCAGGAUGGUCGGUUCAUAUAUAAGACGAGAGACAUUUAAACGAAUGACAUCCAAUAGUUAUUAGAUUUUAUACUCAAUUGUUAUUAAAUAAAUACACAUAAUUUCUAUGUAAUUUUCACAUGGGGGUAAGUUAUUCUCGCUGAAUAUGGAGGACAGUUGAUUGACAAUCCGGACCUACUAUAUAACAAAAUAAUAAUACAGAUUUUGUUCUUUAUAUAUUAAUGUCAUGUUUUUUAAAAUAUGAAAAGGACGAAACAGAAAAACAAAACAACUUGGAAGAAUAUUUAAUAGCAGACCACUUCAACUUUUUUUUUUUGGUAAAAUCAGACCACUUCAACUUGUAACCUUAUACCUUUAAUUCUCUCUCUCUCUCUAAAAUGGAAAAACAAAUCAACGUAGAGAGUAGUGCUACUCACCAUCAGGAAGACAAUAAUGCUUCCACAAUAACAACCUCCACCGUCGCCGCCGUCACUUCGUCGGAAUCUUGGUCUUCUAAAAGAUAUUUAGUGCAAGACACUGAAGCUGGUCGAAAACGGCGGAAGAGCAACGGUGGCAAUGGUAAUAAGAAUCCGACUUAUAGAGGAGUAAGGAAGAGGAGCUGGGGAAAAUGGGUGUCGGAGAUUAGAGAACCAAAGAAGAAAUCGAGAAUCUGGCUUGGGACUUAUCCAACGGCUGAGAUGGCAGCUCGAGCUCAUGACGUUGCGGCUUUAGCUAUUAAAGGCAACUCCGGUUGUCUCAACUUCCCGGAACUGUCCACUUUGCUUCCUCGUCCGGUUAGCUGCUCUCCCAAAGAUAUACAAGCCGCAGCUGCCAAAGCCGCAGAAGUCAUGUGGCAAGAACCGGUUAUAGAUGAGAAAUUAGCCAAUGAGCGAAGUUAUUCCGAGUUGUCUACAGCUCAGUCUUCGACUUCCAGCAGUUUUGUGUUUUCUUCAGACACGUUAGAUACUUUGAGUACGGACAAGGAAAGCAACGAAGAGACCAUGUUUGAUUUGCCGGAUCUUUUCACGGAAGGGUUUAUGAACCACAAUGACUCGUUUCGCUACUACGAAAGCACGACUACCUGGCAGCUUUACGGAGAGGAUGUAGGGUUCGCUUGGCUAGAUGACUAAAGUGCCCUGCCGUUGUUUACGUACGUAUAGUUCCAUGCAUGCAUUAUGGUUUUAACUGAGUUUUAAUAUAUUUUUGUUAAUUUCUACGUUUGAGUAUAUGUUGUUCAUUACUUUUGUGUGAAAUAUGAGCUCCUUUUGAAUAAUUGUAUGUGUUUCAAAAAUGAAGUAAUGUAAGUGAAUCUAAUAAGUGGCUGUGGCAAAACGUAUUUUUAUUUUUUUGGUAAACAAAAGAACGUAUUUUUAGAGUAAAAUACAAAGAAAAUAAGAAGGCAACGUCUGUUGAAAGUGACACUCUCUCGAGGCUAACUUUAUAAAGUCGUUUCUACUAUUCUCUUUCACCCUAGAUUUAGAGAAUCUUAACGAAUGGAGACGAACUUUGACUUCAAGAGCCAAAGCAUCCCCUUACGACACAUGUAUUAAUCUAUAUUUUGCUGUCUACAACGUAAUUAAUUUAAUAGUAUAUGUUAAGGUACCUUUAAAUACAUAAUUAAUCUGAAUAAAAAUGAAUAUUUUAUCAUUAAGAAUCCUAAAUGGACACCUUUAAAUACAUAAUUAAUCUGAAUAAAAAUGAAUAUUUUAUCAUUAAGAAUCCUAAAUGGGUAUCCUAAUAUAAAUGACCGUUCUCUUAUCGACAUUUAUAGUAGUUUAGUGGUAAUCAUUUGAAAAUUAGCAUAUUCGGUCCCUGGCAAUAGGCUAGCGCUGCCGUGACAUAGGAUCAGUACCGGUCCUGAAUAUAUGAACACAGAACACAUGAAGCAAAUUGGAAGUGUUAAAAAAAAAGAAGCAAAUUGGAAAUUAAGACCUGUUUAUUAAAGGUAAUUUAAGAAGAAAAGAAAAUCUUUUAAUGCAAAUAGAGAAAGGAGGAAUCCAACGGUUUAGAGCAUGUUAUAUGGUGUAUACCCACAAUAGAGUCUUUUAGAUAAUUUUUAUUAAUAAAAUAAUUAUAUAAUGAAAAUUUAUUUUAAUAAAAUAAAAUAAAUCAUUCAUAAAAAGAUACGUAGAGAAAAAUAAAAGACUAAACUAAGAGAAGUCUCUUACAUCUCUUAAAUAAAAAACAUAUCUUAUUUUUCUCUUAUAUUUUUAAAUACAUUUUUAUAUUUUAAUAGUAAGAGACAUAAGUAAGAAACUUGCAUUAAACAUGUUUUUAUCUGGCUAUCACAAAACUAUUCAGACCACUCGAAUUUUCGAAGAUUUAAUGGCCGGUUACGUACUUAAAUAAAAUAGGGUUGAAAUCCUAAGUUUCUAAUGCUUCCUCACGGUGUCGGUACAUCACGAAAAUUAAUAAUACAGUAUAACCUUUUUAAAUUAAUACUCUAUAAAUUAAUAUACAUUAAAAAUUUCUAUAAUAUAAUAUAAUUUUAUAGUCUCAAAUUAAAUUUUUGGUUCAAUUAGUAUAUCAAUAAAUUAGUAUUUAUAUAAAUUAAUAAUAAAAUUAUAGUUUUGGUGUAGUCCCAACAUUAUUAAUUUAUAGAAGUUUCAUUGUACAUGGUGGCAAGCUAUAAGAGUUAUAAAGGGAAACAUAAUAGAAGUUUUAAUUUAAUUUAUAGGUAUAUUUUAUUAACUAUGCUUAUAUUUAAAAUAUUUUAAUAGUUUUGAAUAAGAUUGUCUUUAAAAUGGAUUUUUAAAUUUCAAAAACCAAAAUCUUGUUUUUAUUAACUUAUAUAUAUACCGGUGUUAACUAUGAUCAUACUGUAACGAAAAUUGAUUAUUUAAGUUGAUGGUAAUCUAGUGAAAAUUUGGUUGUGAUUAAUUAUGUUGCCGAUGUAGCUUUUUCUUUGAUUAAAAUAUAUAUUGUUGAUUUUUUUAUCUAUUAAGAUUAUUAACAUUUUCAAAUUUAAAAUUAAUUGGUAAGAUGUAGUUGCACCCAUUCGGUCCGGUUCUCCUAACCCAGCAUGGUUCUUUUUCAAACGCUUAUAAACCCUAUUGUAUAAACUCUAUUUCAAGUAAUGACAGCGAGCUUAACGCAGGUACCAUACAUGCCAUAUUUUUUGUGCGUCGUUGAUGAGACGAUGAUUGCGAAAUUGAAAGUGAAGGACUGAAGGAGACAAGCUUUUAUUUAAAUUAUAACUUUGUUAUAUCAAGAGUGGGAUUGGGGAAUAUCACAUGUUUUAUUUAAAUUGUUCAUUUUUUAUUUGUCCAUUUUUUUUUAAAUUGCGUAAAAGGUGAAAGGAUAUAUGCUACAUCAAUGGGAAUGCUUUUGCCCAACAUCUUACUUUCUCCACUGUUAGAGGCAUAACACGACUGUUAUGGAUUCCCAAACACAUUCAUUGGAUCCAGUAAGAAUAGUUAUAAUGAUGACAAUUUAUUUUUGUGUAAACACGUAAAACUCUUAACAUAUAUUUUUUCUAAAUAGAAUGAUGGUUUUGUUACAAUGUAACGAACCUGAAUUUGCUUAACCGCAAAAAAAGUUUUAAAAAGACACUUAAGAAACUAAAAAUUAAGUCCAAGGCAAACCAGUAAAGGUGAGUAAUGAAAAUAAUAUGAACUAGAACUAGUGAGUCAGUGACAACUGAUUAUAUCCCUAACACACCGCUUCUCGAUCCCGGAAAAGACCAAGAGAAUAGCAAAGACAUCAGUUCAACAGAAACAAUUCGCAUUAUCAAAUUCUUAUCUAUAAAAAUCGCCAAACUUUAUAUCUCAUUUCAAAUAUUUAACAAAGCCCUUUGGCUUAACACGAUAUAUAUAAUCUAAGAAAGCAAGAGAGACAAAAAAAAACUUUAGAAACCAGAUGAUAAUGUAAUCAAACAAAUAUGAAUCCAAUUGAUUACCAACAAAAAUAUGAAUCAAAUUUGAUUGAAAAUUUCGUCGAUAUAUUAAAUCGUUUCGUAACCGAAUUUGUCUCCGGAACAAGAAUUUCUUUUUGUUGUUGAAAACAAGUGAGUCUUAAAAAAACAUGAGAUUCUUAAAUAAUAUAAAUCUAUUUUAUAGGCACUAUUAUUUUGGUAGACUUGAUGCGUUGUUGAGGCCACUCUAAUUAAGAAACAUAUAAAGAUAGUGGAUGUGGUAGUGAGCUCACUAUCACAUUAUUUCUACAUGCAUACUAAAUUUGUCGUGUAACUGACGUAUCAUUAUUCCAUUAUCUCAUGAUGUUGAGGAUUGAAUUGAAUGUAUGCAGGACACUCCAUUAAAACUAAAAAAAGAAAGUCGGGAGAUAUGUCUCUCUGUUUUUCUUCUUCUUUGGUUUUAGCGGUGACAUAAGUAUCUAUUUCAUAGCAAACAAUCUUUAAAUUGUACGUUGCUAUCAAAGUAGUUAAUAACUUAAUAUACAUCCGUCUCCAACCAUGAGGAUUUUUUCGAUAAUGGGUUCCACAGCCGUGAGUAAUAUACCACACUAACCUAACCUUUUUUGUAUUUUUAUCAUUUUUUGGUGAAAGAUUCUAGUUACUGUGGAUAGAUUACAAAAGCUAUAUCUGGAAAGUUACUCUUAUUAGCGCUUCUUUGUUUUUAUUCUUUUUUGCCUUGGAAGCGUUGUCUGUAAUGCAACUUUUGUAAACUCAUCUUUUCAUUUUAAUGAUAUUAACAUUUUAGCAAACAAAUUUUUUUACAAAAGCUAUACCUGCUUCCACACGAAUCACUUGACUUUGGAGUUUGGACGAUACCAUACAUAAUACAUUAAAAUUUUAAAAUUGUUAAAAAUGGAAAUUUUACAAACUACAAGGAGCUGAAGCCGUCUUUUGGCAUCUGGCGUUACCCACAGAAACUAGUCCAAGUAUUUCUUUUUUAAAACACAUUAAAUAAACCAUAUUUUAUAUUAAGACCAUUUCUAACACAUCUCUAUUUUUAUCUCUCUUUUUUUUUCUUAAAUAGAAAUUUCUAUUAUAGAGAUAUUUGCUCUAAUGUUACCUUUAUAAUAAAAUUCUUCUAUUUUUAGAGAAAAUAUAGAGAUUUGCUAUUUUAUCUCUGAAUAUAAAGAUAAAAAGUAAAAUUUUCUAUAUUUUCUUUCAAAAUAAAAGAAUUUUAUCAUAAAGUUAUUCCUUGGAGUGAAUCCACCUCAGUAAUAGAAAUAUUUAUUUUAGAAGAAAAUAUAAAGAUAUACAUAUAUAUAUACACGCUAUACAGCUAUUUUGGGAAUAAAGUGUGCUGACAAAAUGAAAAAAACAAGCGGCAAGAAAAAAAAAUGAAAGCAACAACAGACGAAGAAAAUGAUGAAAGAUUCAUAUUGUUCACUUAACUAAACUUUUUCAUUACAUAUCAAUCAAUAUAAAUGAAAAAGAAAAAACGAGGGCAUGCGGAAAAAAUGAAGUUGCCUACAAAAUUACUGAAAUCCAUAAAUAAACUGAUUGAAAAUAAUGGGUUUUCAAAAUUAAUUCCAUUUUUAACAGUGAAUUUUUUUUUAUUGCUAAAUAAGCUUUUAAAAUUAAUUAGUUCCAUUAUAUAAUAGAAUAUAAUUCCAAACAUUUUUGAUAUUAUAAGUUGUCUCCUAGCUACCCCAGCACGUGGUUUGUGUGUACGUCAGGCAAACGUAGACAUAGCUAAUAUCAGAUUUUGACUUAACUCUGGUUCCGAGUUCUGACGAGUGCUACUAGAUCUAUGCCAACACCAGUCUCCUUUGUAAUGAGAAGUAAAAUUAAGCAAAUGAAGACGACAAUUACCUUUUUCUCUUUUUCUUUUUUUUUUUUGACCAAAAUGUGAAUUCAUAUUAAUAUGAGUGUUUGUAUAGUAAUGUUACAAAGGGUGAGUUUGGUGUAUAACAAUAGUAGAGAAAAAAAUGAAUAAUAUAGCAAUUUCUUGAGAAAUGUGUCAAUUUAUCACAUAAUUAGACAUUUUAAUCUUUCACAAAGCGCGAAAGUGUAUAUAUCACCACUACAACCAACUACUAUUCUAUUUAUGUCGUUGAUAUAAAAUAAAGUAUUUCAAACAUAAAAGUAAUAAUAGAGAAUAAUAUGAUUCUUUUAGUAUUAUAGUUCAAUGUAGUUUAAGCAGUAGACAAUAUGAAAACCAUAUUUAUUCAUAGGACAAAAAUUUAGUGUGAAAUAUAUUAUGUGAGAGCUGAUAUAUUACAAAUAAUAAAAAUAUAUUAUUCUAUAUUUGAUGACUAUGUCGUAUAACAUAUGAAUGUAUAUAUGAAAAAAAAGCUGAAGAGUAAAGGGAGAGGAAGAAAAGCGAAGAUAGGGAUGAUGGAUGGAAAAAAAGCGGAAGAGGAGUUUACAAAGGAAACUGGAAAGAGAGAGAGAGAAAGAGGUACGGGAUGGAGGAUGUUGAAUAAAUAGAACAGUAUAAAGAAGAAAAUGGUGGUGAUGAUGAGGAGAGAGAGCUGAGGAGAGGAAGAAUAGGAGAGAGAGAAAAUGUAUAAUACGAAUUCUAUUUUAUGUUUUGUAGAUAGAAUAGAAUACAACAAUAUAGUAUUUGAACAUUACAUACUAGAAAGAGAGAGAGUAAGGAGAGAGGGAGUGAAAGAGGGAUGGAGAUAGAGAUGGAGAAGGUAAAGAGGGAGAUGGAGAUUGGGGAGAGAGAUAGAGGGAGAGAUGGAGGAAAGAUUAAUUUUAUCAUUAAUAUUCUAUUUUACCUUUUCGAAAUAGAAUAUAACAAAAUCUUAUUAUAGUUGUACAUAUUCAAUUUUAUAAAUAUGUGUUAGUUUUGCGAAAUUCAAAACAUGUCAUAUACGAAAAAUAUCUAUGUUUUUAUAAGUAUAUAAGAAAUUCAAAUUAAUAAUUUUUCAAACUUAUAAAAUUAAUUAGAAAAGAGAAGUGAAAGUGAAAAAAGGUAAUAUGACAAUUAAUAUAUAAAUAUCAUAGCCUACUUCUUUUUAUAGUUAUAAACUUAGUUUUCAUUCUACUAUGGACAUGAUCCCGAAUUUCUCAUGUUCCAAAAGGGUUAGUGCUUAGUAGACCAGCCUUGACAAAUAAGUGAAACAAAGUGAGCCUACACAUGAUUUUGUUAAAGUUUUUAACCAAUUACUCAAACCUUAGCCAAGGCUGCAUGGCCGUUGAUCGUUUGUCUGUCCUGUGACCGAGGAUGGCAUCUCUGUUGAAGCGAUCAAUUUGCUUGCAGAUUGUCGCUGAUGUUGAGGAUAUACUGGUGUGGAGUCUAUUGUUCCGCUCCUGCCAGAUGCUGUAGAUAACGGGUUUUCAAAAGCAAUGAGUUUGAGGGUUAUAGAAGACGCCUUUUUAUCUUUAUAGUAAAGCAAUGGUUAAUAGUUUUAGUGACUGAAGCUUAUAAAAAGGGUCUCUACACUAAGAUGACACAAUGAUACAGCCAAAGCUCGCACUCUUCAUGGCCCCUUCAAAGUAGACUUCUCACACAACUUGAAUACACGAUGCAAAAGCUGUUGGUUUUGUGUUAGAAUAUCUUCGUAGACGCGCCCGAUUUUCUGACAGAAUAUAACUUUUUUUUUAAAGAUUGAAAGGUUUUAGCAACCAUUAGUGGAAAUAGAAGUCAAUGUAUCAAAAGAAGUUAAUGAAUUUCUUAAAAAAAUCAAGUCAUUUCAACUCACAAAGUAUCACACGAUGAAACAACUUUUUAGUUGAUUAACCAUUCAUAAAAAACUACUUUUGCAACUAUUUUUGUUGUUGUUGCAAUUUUACCACAAAAAAAUAAACUAUUUUUGCUAGUUGAAAACUGAACAAACGGAUUAACAUAUAUUUUGAAAAGA